AUGGGUGACGACGACGACUAUUUGAAGGCGUUGGAGAUCCAGCGAAAGAAUUUCGAAAAGCAGUUUGGCAACCUCGAAGAUAUGGGUUUUGUCGACAAGUCCAAAGUUCAAGAGUCGGAGCUGUCUGAGGAGAGUGACAGUGCAAGCGAAAGUGAUAGUGACAGCGAUGUUGAGGAUCAGAGGAGUGGAGAUGAAAGUUCUAACGAAGAUGAGUCAGAAUCUGAAAUCGAGUCACUUUCUGAAGAAGAAGUCAAGCCAAAAGUGGUGCGUCUUGAAGGAGAUUCACCAGCUCCGGCGAUAGCUUCCAAAGAAGAGAGGAAGCUCUUACGAAAAGGCAGAGCCCCCACCAUUGCUGAGCUCGAAAGAUUAAGGCUAGAGAAGGAGAAGAUCACAAAGAAACAGCAGGCACAGGCUGCCAAGGAAGACUCCGAGAAUUUGGAGAAUGAUCUUAAGCUACAGAGACUUCUCAGUGAAUCCCACAUUCUCGCGCAUAAUAUGGAGCAUCUGGGUGCUGAGCUCACUUUGCAGACGAUAGAUUAUGAGGAUCCCGUGGGCAAUGCAAGGAGACGUAUUCUUGACCAGCGUAUUCGAGCAGCAGCAGCGACAAACUCUCGUACGGGUGGUCUUCCCGCUAAACUUGAAAAAAUGCCCAUGAAGCUUCGAAAAGGUAUAAUUAGUGCCAGAGAGAGACGAGUAUUAGAACACGAAAGAGAGGCACGUGAAGCAGGUAUUGUGCUUUCCAAGGUGAAGAAGGGCCAGCUAAGAGACUUGGAGCUGGGAAAGGGCGCCACUGCAUCGAGCGACCGUUUGGGUGUGGGCAAAAAGCAGAAGAACAGGGUCAGAGAUCGUGGGUUGAAGAUCCAUCUGGUUGGAAAAUCAACGAGAAACGGGUUGCGUCUUUCUGCUGAUGAGAUUAACAGGAUCAACAACGGCAGGCGUAGAGGCAGAAGGUGA